AUGUACUGGCCACACUCGAUUGUCGUUACCAUCAGCUGCAUGAUGGUGUUCACCAACGCUGCUCCCACCAUGAGAAAUGGCGAUACCUAUGAUCCUCAGCGUAUUCUCGAACCACCACCACCACCGUCGUCGUUGUCGAACCAAUCCACCUUGUUUGCUAAAAGAUCGGCUGAACCAUUGGGUGCCCUUUCAUAUUCGAAGUUUUCCGCCCUCGAAGAAGACGUCCUCAAAGCAGAAAAAGAGGCUGCCGAGGUGAAAAAGGCCAGUGGUAGUGCCAAAACCCACAAAUCAAAGUCGUCAUCGUCGUCUACUACUUCCAAGAUUUCUUCUGAAGUGGGGUCAAGUGCGGGGAUUUCCAAAGCGAGCGGUGGUGCCAAGUCUGGCUCUUCUUCUUCUACUUCUUCUUCUUCUUCUGCCGUCAAGAAAUACGGUCCGGUGGCGAUGGACGUGUCAGAAGUGGCGAUUGGCGCCGGGGUGCUCGGGGUUGCUGCUGCUGGGUACGCCGCCGACAGGACAGAAGCCAGUGAUGAGCUCAAUGAUUAUGGCAGCAGCACCAACAACAACAACAGCACUGCCACUUAG